ACUGUCUCACAACCUGACAGACGUAAAUUAUAGCGCUAGCAUGCGCUUUGAGAAAAGAGGAGGUUCUUGAAUAGUAUUUUAUUUAUUUCUUUGUUUCCAGUAGAAAAAAUAAUAACAGUGUUAUAUUUCACAGGGACUUAAUUUAUUAUCAUUGUCCGCUCACGCAAGAAAACUGGAUAAGAUUACAGUAGGAAUUCAAAAGCCAACGCGAAGGGGAGGAGGAUGAAGCGGCGCAAUGCGGACUGCAGCAAACUCCGGCGGCCGUUAAAACGGAACCGAAUCACCGAGGGUAUAUACGGCAGUACCUUCCUGUACCUGAAGUUCCUGGUGGUGUGGGCACUGGUGCUACUGGCAGACUUUGUGCUCGAGUUCAGGUUUGAGUACCUGUGGCCCUUCUGGCUGUUCAUCAGAAGUGUGUAUGACUCCUUCAGAUACCAGGGGCUGGCGUUUUCAGUGUUCUUUGUGUGUGUGGCGUUUACCUCCGACAUCAUAUGCCUGCUCUUCAUCCCCGUGCAAUGGCUGUUCUUUGCUGCCAGUACCUACGUGUGGGUGCAGUACGUGUGGCAUACAGAGAGAGGGGUCUGUCUCCCCACAGUGUCUCUUUGGAUACUAUUUGUGUACAUAGAGGCAGCCAUCAGAUUCAAAGACCUGAAGAACUUCCAUGUCGACUUGUGUCGCCCAUUUGCUGCACAUUGCAUUGGCUACCCGGUGGUGACGCUGGGCUUUGGCUUCAAGAGCUACGUCAGCUAUAAAAUGCGCUUAAGAAAGCAGAAGGAGGUGCAGAAGGAGAAUGAGUUCUACAUGCAGCUCCUGCAACAGGCCCUGCCCCCAGAGCAACAGAUGCUACAGAGACAAGAGAGGGAAGCGGAGGAAGCUGCAGCAGCUAAAGGGAUAUCUGAGGUGGACUCCGUCCCAGUCUCACAGAAUGGAGCACUUGUCGGUAAAAAGACGCCAGCACCGCUACCGGAGCUGGAGUACAGAGAAAAAUGGAAAGAGGGCCGCGAGGCCAAAAAGCAACACAAUAGCAUCCUGCCGUCAUCGGUAGACUGUAAACUCCAGGAGAUGGAGUACAUGGAGAACCAUAUGAACAACAGGAGACUGACCACCGAACUGGUGGGCAGCACAGAGAACCUGCUGCUGAAGGAGGAGAACUCCUCUUCCUCCUGCUCCUCCUCCUCAUCCUCCUCCUCGAAAAACUACAAGAACACUAGUGGCAACACCGCAAUUAACUCCUCGCCCCGCGGACACAGCGCCACCAACGGCAGCGUCCCCUUGUCCGCCCCUUCCUCCUCUUCCUCUGGGAAGAAGCAGAAGUGUGCAGUGGGGAAGGGUCCAGCAGCGGGCUCCCACAGGGACCCAACAGACAACUGCAUCCCCAACAAUCAGCUGAGCAAGCCUGAGGCGCUCGUACGGCUGGAGCAGGAUGUGAAGAAGCUGAAGGCGGACCUGCAGGCCAGCAGACAGGUGGAGCAGGACUUGCGCAGUCAGAUCGGCUCCUUGAGCAGCGCUGAGCGCUCCAUCCGCUCUGAGCUGGGCCAGCUGCGACAAGAGAACGAGCUGCUGCAGAACAAGCUCCAUAACGCUGUCCAGGCCAAGCAGAAGGACAAACAGGCCGUGGGCCAACUGGAGAAGAGGCUGAAGGUUGAGCAGGAGGCCCGCACCAAUGCAGAGAAACAGCUUUCAGACGAGAAGAAACGCAAAAAGCUGGAAGAGGCCACCACAGCUAGAGCCGUCGCACUAGCAGCAGCAUCCAGGGGGGAGUGCACAGAUACGCUGAGGAGGCGGAUCACGGAACUGGAGACUGAGUGUAAGAAGCUGACCAUGGAUAUCAAGCUCAAAGAAGAACAGAUCAGAGAGCUGGAGAUGAAAGUGCAGGAGCUCCACAAGUAUAAAGAGAAUGAGAAGGACACAGAAGUGCUGAUGUCAGCGCUGUCGGCCAUGCAGGAUAAGACCCAGCACCUGGAGAACAGCCUGUCUGCAGAGACCCGCAUCAAACUGGACUUGUUCUCAGCACUGGGCGAUGCUAAGAGACAGCUGGAGAUUGCACAAGGUCAGAUCCUGCAGAAGGACCAGGAGAUCAAGGACCUAAAGCAGAAGAUAGCUGAGGUGAUGGCUGUCAUGCCCAGCAUAUCCUACACAGCUGACAGCAGCAACAUGACUCCUGUGGCCCCCCACUACUCCUCCAAGUUCAUGGACACCAGUCCCUCUGGCCUGGACCCCAACGCCUCUGUCUACCAGCCCCUGAAAAAGUGAACGCUCCUUCCAUCCUCUUCUGUUUUGAUUUUUUAGAGCCCACCUCCAGAUCUGCUUGUCACGUUUGCAGCUGAGAACUUUUUUUGGCGGGGGGGGGUCUGAAGGAUGUUGUAUUGUGACUGUAUUUGUUGUAGUUAAAACAAAAAAAGGUCUGAGACAUCAUGUCGACUAGGAAUUCCCAGUUAUUUUUCUUCUUGUAAAUGUCUAGUGAAAUCUCACAGAAUUGGGCGUGUAUCUUAUCUAGGGCGUUUCAGCCCCCCCCCCCCACAUCUACUCCACCUGCUACCAGUUACUUGGUCUCUGGCCUUGGGAUUGGGUAAUUCCGGUGUCGAUUUCAUUUCUUUUAGAGCUGGGAUGUGGAUCUCUGGUAGCAGGAGUGCUCACCCUUAUUUCUAUGUAAUAAAUUCUGAUCGCUAAGCACAGAUAUCAGUUUAUUUUUAAGGUAAGAAGGUACCAUCAGUAUGCCCAGAGGAAUGUAGAGCAACAUUGGCAUGGACUCUAGCCCUGUUUUGUCAAUUAUUAUUAUUUUUCAGUUGUGAAUAUCAGAGACCAAAUUGAAACUUCCAUUGGCUGUUCUUGGGUUUUAUGGUAUUGUUUUUUUUAUGUUAGAAAGUGGAUUGUGUGGUCUCUCCUUUUUCACUUGUUUCACAAAAAGUUAGAAAAAUCACUUUGAGAUGAGAACAGAGCUGUACCAAGAUGUUAUUUGUUUCAAUAACAAGAGAUGUCAAAGUAAAUGAUCCACAACAACCCCUAAAUGUUGAGUAUCAACUGCAAAAUUACAUUUAUUUCCCUCAAAGCCCCCAACUUUCCACGAUCCUGUCGAAAAGAGUGUUAAGCAAAGAUAGUAUUGCGAAGUUCAUGUAUAAUAUGCCUUCUCUUUAAACCCAGAAUAGUCUCACAAAUUGUCAUGAUCACAGUGCCUUGAGACAGGGCCUCAGUGGUGGGAGUCAGUAUCUGGCAAUGCCAGAAAGGACUGAAGUACAGGGCUUUCCAACCACAAAUACAAUUUUACCCCUAACCUGGAUCCUAACCUUAGGUUCAGAACAGAUAGCCCAUCUACUUGCUCAACAGUUCUGACGAUAUGGCCAUUUUGUCUGUUCUAGCAUGGUCAUGUUACUCCUUUACAGUGCGUUGAUAUGGUAAUGUUAGCCACUACGAAGUCUACUGCAAACAGGUCCCAGGCUCCCAGCAUGGCCUCUCCCCUGCAUCCAACUGUAACACAUCUCUCUGCUGUAAACUCUGGUUCUGUUGGUUGAACUAUUGUCCCUGCAUAUGUUUUUUAUUGAUUUGACUUAAAUUGCACUGUUGAAAAAAACCUGUUUGACAGGGAAAACUGUUGAUGGAUUUUGUGCAAUGUGUACAAGAAACAAGACUCUGGAAAUGCCAACCAAGAGACAUCAUUUAUUUCCACUGAAUUUUGCAUAGAAAAUUCUUCAUCGGGCUCCUUUUAUUGCUGAAUACUCAAACUUCAGCCCAUGUGCCAAGAAAGGAUUGCUUGUUUUCUAGUAAUAUGUGCUAUCCAGGAAUGUACUGCAAAUACAUUGGCUGACGUGUUUGACAAAUAUCUGAAGUAUGUCAAGCAGGCGGGAAAACUGCUCACCUGUUUGUAGUAGACUGUUUACGUAGUUGAAAGAAAGGGACUUUAAUUGUGUGAAUGUUACAGUAUUGGCAACUGCCUGGGCCAUGGGUGUUAAGAACCGUCUACAGUUGUUUCCUUACUCCUCUUUUUGGUAUUGUUAUAUUCUGCAGGGAGGAAUAGCUUGAGUCUGUGGUUUUGCAGUCAUCUGAAAUGGUGAUUUUGUGUGUGUGGUUAUGACCAACUGUAUAUGGAAAACGUUUUGCUCAGUGCUACCUAUGUCAUUGGCUCAACUGAUGUUGAAAGUAUAAAACGUUUUUGUUUUCUAUGCCCGCCCGCAGUCUGCUCUGUUUCACCCCAGGUCUGACCUUGGCUGCGCUCUCGCUCUUUGAGGUUUACAAGGAAUAAAUUCUUUUCUUGCAGAUUU